AUGUCAGCGCCAGCUGACGCAUCAAUUCCCCGCAGACAGCAGAAGCAGGAGCAGCUGCUCAAGGAUGAUUCGUGGGGCAAUCAAUUGCCGGAUAUGCUAGUCGCUUACUAUCGCCACCAUGGCGUGCACAGCCUGAUGCUGGUUGUGUGUCGCGGGGACAUUGAUGCGGCACGUUUGCAUGCGCUCCUGCAACAUUUCAUGACACACAAUAUUUAUGUGCAGCUCUGGACGGAGCACUGUCUGAAUGACCUGCGCCACGUCGGCAACGAGACGGACACACCGGAAGCGCCGCCCCCGCGCAGCUUUCGAGCGGACAACGAGACCCACUGGGAGCUGUCAUUUGUCCUGCCCGCACUGAACUACAAAUUGGGCAUUUUGCUGCUGCAGUUCAACAGCUCGUGUGCCCUGAAUCUGUUGCGCUGGUCCGCGGCCACGGAGCAUAAUUACUUUACCACGAAUCGCUAUUGGCUGCUGCUCACGCAGGAUCUGCAGGAGCUCGAUCUGCUCGAAGAUGCGGAGAUCUUUUUGCCACCCGACAGCGAGGUGCGUGUGCUGUGGCACACUCCAUCGCAUCCGUUCACCGCCACCCUGCUGGAUGUGUACAAGGUGGCAGCCUGGAAGCCGCUCAAGCGCCGCUUGGUGGGUCAUCGACUGCGUAAUCGGCGACACAUGGUCCAUGCGCUGCAGCACUUCGGCUCGGCCAUUACAUACAGACAGAAUCUGGAGGGCAUUGUCUUCAAUACGGCUAUUGUUAUUGCAUUUCCAGAUCUGUUCACCGACAUCGAGGACCUCUCCCUGCGGCAUAUCGAUACCAUUUCCAAAGUCAAUCAUCGCCUCAUGCUGGAGCUGGCCGUUCGAUUGAAUAUGAGCUAUAACACCUACCAGACCGUCAACUAUGGAUGGCGUCAACCAAAUGGCUCCUUCGACGGCCUAAUGGGUCGCUUUCAGCGCUAUGAACUGGACUUUGCCCAGCUGGGGAUCUUUAUGCGCUUGGAUCGCAUCGCCCUGUGUGACUUUGUGGCCGAAACGUAUCGCGUGAGAGCUGGCAUCAUGUUUCGACAGCCUCCACUGUCGGCAGUGGCCAACAUUUUCUCGAUGCCCUUUCAGCAGGAUGUUUGGAUAUCCAUACUGGUGUUGCUGAUUGUAACCAUGCUGGUGCUGCUAUUGGAAAUGUUUUUCUCGCCGCACACGCACAACAUGUCAUAUUUGGAUUCGGUGAACUUUGUCUUUGGUGCUAUGUGCCAGCAGGGUUUCUAUGUGAACGUGCGCAAUCGUUCGGCGAGGAUUAUAGUCUUUACCACAUUUGUGGCCGCCGUUUUCCUGUUUACCUCCUUCUCGGCGAACAUUGUGGCUCUGCUACAGAGCCCGUCGGAUGCGAUACAGUCGCUGGGUGAUUUGGGGCAAUCGCCGCUGGAAAUUGGCGUGCAGGAUACACAAUAUAAUAAAAUCUAUUUUACCGAGUCCACAGAUCCGGUGACAAAGAGCUUGUAUCACAAAAAGAUUGCCUCAAAGGGAGAUUUUGUUUAUAUGCGCCCUGUGCUGGGCAUGGAGAAAAUGCGCACCGGACUAUUUGCAUACCAGGUGGAGCUCCAGGCGGGCUAUCAAAUUGUCAGCGACACCUUCAGUGAGCCAGAGAAAUGUGGACUCAUGGAACUGGAACCCUUCCAGCUACCCAUGUUGGCUGUGCCAACACGCAAAAACUUUCCCUACAAGGAGCUGUUCCGCAGGCAAAUACGCUGGCAGCGCGAGAUUAGCCUGGUGAAUCGUGAGGAACGCAAAUGGAUACCACAGAAGCCGAAAUGCGAGAGCGGCGUCGGCGGCUUUGUCUCCAUUGGCCUCACCGAAUGCCGCUAUGCAUUUGGCAUCUUUGGCUGCGGCGCCGCGCUCAGCUUUGGCGUGUUCCUCAUCGAGCUCAUCCGCAAGCACAGCCAUGGCAUCUACACAUUUGUUCGGGAUUACAGAGCCACGCUGCAUUAA